AUGGCCUCCCCGCCACCACUGUCGCCCACACCGCGGCGGUGGCGACCGGCAGGCCAGCCGUCUGCAGUCGUCGAGACGUUGAACCAGCUCUCCGACUCGCCAGACCCCACGUCACCCGAGCAAGAGUUCCUUUCGCCACUGGGCACGCCGGCCGUCGUUGACGGCGCAGCAGAGCUAGCAGCCAACGUGACUGGCGACUCGCUCAACAGGCGCUACGACAGCCUGUAUGCCGGCCUCGAGGCCUUUGGAGCCAGCUUCAACUCGGCGCCAGCGGCCCAGGACACAGCACCAGCGGCGGCGGCGGCGGCGCUCGCACCGAGUCCUCCUUCACCCAACCCUCCCGAUCUGGCAGCCCACCCCGAGUCGCCAAAACCAGCACCGGCACCACCCACCGAGGCUACAGCAUCAGCAUCAAUACUCCCCGCAGCCAUCACUGCGCCCUCCACUCCCUUACCACCCUCGCCGGUCAAGGCCGCGCGCCCAACCAAACAAUGGACGCCCAAGCCGGCGGCCGCCACGCCGACCAAGACAAACACGAGAGCGAGCGAGCUCAUCCGCAUGUUUGAGAGCAAGAACGACUCGCCUGCCCCCGAGCGCCGGCCAGCAGGCGCGGUCGCCACGCCGUUCCGUGAGGCGGUGGCCGUGAAGGUGCCCGCCGCGUCGGUAUCGAGACAGGCCGCGACGAGCAGCACCCCCACCACGACGCGGACGCGCUCGCCCAUCUCAUCAGUGCAGAAGAUGGUCGCGUCGUGGCGCACGCGCAACGCCGAGGUGACGGGGCAGGAAUCGUCGUUGUCGUCCUCUACCCCCUCGUCGAUGUUACGCAAGCGCUCGUGGAACGUCAGCAUCCGCCGCCGGCGCCGCAACGAGCCGGAGGACAAGGUCGCAGAGCAGGUGCCCGACGACGCGCCAGAGUUUCGCCCCAACAGCACGCCGCCACACCCGUCGCCCGUCGACGAAGCCUCGUUCCCAUCCCAAUCGUCGCUGCCGUCGCCGACGCCCUUCCCGCUCGCGCCGAAGACGCUUACGGGCGAGCCCCUGCGGACCGGCAAGCUCUUCUACUUCAACGUAUACGAGGACGUCGAGCCAGAAGACUACCAGUGGGUGGCUACCGAUGCCCGGCUGUACGCCGACGGGCUGGAGCUCGUGUGGCGCACGCCCGCUGGCGCCAAGGCGACCGUCGUCCUCGACGUGGAGUACUGCGAGGAGGUCACCUCGACGUACUCGCCCACCAACCCCAUCGCUAACGACCUCGGCGCGCUGGCGGCCCGCAAGCGGGGCGACGAGUUCGUCAGAGGGCUCUACCCCUUCAAGAUGGUGUACGAGGACGGCACUGAGCGGCUCGGGUGCGAGUCGGCCAUUGAGCGAGUGCGAUGGGUCAAGGCGAUCGCCCUCCGAACGCUCAACUACCUCGAAAGCCAGGGCAAGGUCCAGCAGCUACACAACGCGCGCAUUGACAAUCAGCUCGAUCGGAUCGAGAACAAGGUAGACCGCAGCGCUCGCCAUUUCAAGAGCCUUGACAAGCUUGAGCUAUUGGACGAGCUGCGCAAGCUGGAGGGGCUCGUCGAUUGCCUGCGCGAUUUAUCAAAGCCCGACCGCCUCGAUGACCAACCACCGCCUCUACCGUCCAAGGACAGUGUCUUUGCCGAGUCACCACCGCCCUCGCCCACGACGUCGGUCUCUACGCUGUCCGACACCGAGCGACCGGUCACUCCUCCAGACUUCCUCCUACCCGAGUCGUUCAACCAGCGCAUGGAGGACAUGGGUCAUCUCUUAGGCUUGGUGAUGGGCCAGCAGAAGGACAUCAUUGAGGAGUUGGCCUACCGGCGCGAGCUUGAUGCGGAAGGGCCAGCGCGUAUGGAGGCUAUGUUCGCUCAAAUUCUACAUCAACUCGAGGCGAACGCAUACCAUCAGAAACCUUUGGCACCACUGCCUCGCAAGCGACCUGCAUCGUCAGAAUCGUGGUCUGAAGUGGAGGGUGACUUUUACCCUGGGUCCCAAAGCGUCUAUUCGGGCGAUUUUGGCCAGCGUACCCCCGCUCCUCCGAACACGCUUCACAGCGCGACCUCGCUCCUGUCUCGAAUUCCCGAGUCACUUCUGGAAGACGACACGCUGGAACCCGAGUUCGACGAAGAGUACGAGGUUGGCAACUUGCCCCCGGCCUCGCCGGCUCACGAGCAGAAGCAGUACCGUACCGAGGUGCCUGAGGCUGUGGUUCGUCAGCGGAACCAGCAGCUAGAGUACGAGAGCGAGGUGGAGGAUGAGGAGGCUGCCGAGGAUGUCGAGCGCGUACUGGCCGACCCGGCGCCGGCACCAGCCACUCCACCUCAGCGUCCUAUCCCCUACCGCCAGCCACAGGCCGACGAGAGGCCAGAGGAGGAGACGGUCUACCGCGACGAGCAGCCCGAGCGCCGCCGGCCAACCACUCGUGCCCCUCCGCCUGAGCCUGUGGAGCUGCCGACGCCCGUCAACAGCGAGUAUCGCAAGCUUCGUGAUGCUGCCCUUGAUGCCCCCGGUCCAGCUGGUCCCCAGUCGCGUUUCGGUCGCCCGCCUCGAGGCUCAAUGCACCGCUUCGGUCGCCCUCGUUCUCCGCUGUCUACUACCUAUGUUUCUCGAGGCUUCCGUCCUGUUCCCCUUGGUCCUUUCCCUCCACCGGGCAUGAUGCCGAUACCGAUGAUGGCGCCGCCGCUUCGACAGGGCAUGCCUGCGUUUGGUCGUCCUGGAUUCUUCCCCCCACCUGGAUAUGGUCCAUUCGCUGGUGGCCCUGGCAUGUAUCACCACCACCUGCCGCCGGAUAGUGGUGGUAUCGGUACUACGACAACUGCCACUUCUACCAACUCGCCACUUCCGCCACACUCUGCUAGACUCUCCACUCAUGGUUCGCAUCACCACACUCCGACGCCCUCGGCGACAACGUCGUCGGCGUCGGUAGCGGACCCGGCUAUCGUCACCCCGCCUGUUCACAGCCCCGUGCCCCCGAUUACGAUCAAGAUUACCCCGGCCUCCAUCGAGGAGACCCGCUCUGCCUCUGAUGGUGUGCCUUCCGUGGCACCAGGAUCUCCGUCGGCUGCUACUGAGCCCGUCCCGCCUCCAACUGCAUCGGCUUACUCCGCGUUCAGCCACCCCAUGUCUACCACUUCUACCCACCGCAUGCUCAACAACACCCAGGCGUUGGGUGAGGCAAUGGGCGAGCAGCAGAACGACAUGGCUCGAUACAUGCACGGCAUCAGCGAUCAAGUUCACGACGUCAAUGCUGGCCUCUCCCGCGAUCUCGGUGGUAUCCUCGCGAAACUCGAUACACUGCGCAAAGAUAUCCGUCCCGAACGUGUUCAUGGUCAUGUCUUGCCCGACGGCACCGUCCAGCUCAGCACCGGCGAGAUUGUGGAUGGUAUCCAGGGUGCCCCGCCUCCUGUCCCCGUUGCUGUUGUGCCUCCGCCGCCAGACUCUCCCCCUAUCCUUGUUGGCCGCGUGCUGCCCGACGGCACAGUCAUGGCUGGCGACAGGAUUGUGGUUGGAAUCCAGGGUGUGCCGCGUGAUCCUACCCCUGAAGAGCUGGCCGAGGAAGCCCAGCGUGCCAGGGACCUGCAGCAGGAUCGUGCAAUCGACGACUUGGCUGCCAUGGGUGAGUUGGUAGCAUGUGAAGCCACUGACACCAGUUUCGGACAUCAUGAACCGCUCUACCGCCCCGAGCCACCACGGAAGUCACCACAGCCACCACAGUCACAGUCAUCGCGGAACGCCGCCGCCGGUCACCAACACGAAAGAAACCAAGGAGACCAAGGAGGUUACGAACAACACGACAACGAUCAUCAAGGAGCACGACAAGGACCACAACCACACUGUGCAUGA